AGGACCCGAAAUGAAGUGAACGUUUUCAGUUGAAAAGAGAAUUAAUCAUACAGAUUGAAAAUUAAUAGUUAAAGAAUUCCAAUACUUACUUUUCAAAGUACAGGGCGGAAUUUUUAAAUUCAUUAAAUUCGGUUAGGUCGAAUGCUUAUUAAAACGACAAAAUGUUUAAGGAAGCAAAGUGGGAAAGAAUGACUUUACACGAUCGAUUUAUGAACCUCUCAGUGAUAGACUUUUCGUUAUUCACCAGUGAAGAAAUUGGAUUAAGACAGAGUCCUGACGAGUUUGUUAAUUGCUUGGUGACGCUAUAUUUUACAAAAAUAAAAGAGGGGAAUCUGAGUCUAAAAAACUUGGAGACUUUACAAUUACUUCUGAGUUAUGAAUACCAAAGGAGAAUUUCAUUAAAUCAGGUACAUAAUGCGGCACACUUGGAAAAUACACAAUACUUUGAUAUGCAGCAUACUUUAUUUCCAAAAAAUAGAUCAUUAACUGAACGUGAACUCAUAGUACUUCUAGAUAUAUUAUCUCUUCAAAUAAUAUUAUAUGCUGACUUAAAGGGUUUCUCGGAGCACUUUCAAGUUUUCCACCGAUCUUCCCAGAAUUAUCUAUCAGAAAGUAUUGAAUCGAGGAAUCUGUACCUCAAAGUAAUAACCCGUUUGUUACAAUCUUUUCAUUUAAAAUGUCAAUUAAAAGGAAAAACAGAACCUACUACUGAGCAAAAGAUUAAAGAUCUGUUGUGUGCUCUUUCUUUCAAUAUAUUAAAUCAAUGGCUUACUCUUAAGGGCAUUGUCGAAUGGAGUUCACUGAUUCCAUUGUUAACAACAAUGGUUGAAGUAUUUGGUGCUAAUAAUGUCUUAACUCCUUUAUUUAAUCUCUUGUUAAUGGAAUCUACCGCCUUGGAGAACUCUCUCCCAGCUUUGUGUGUGACGACUGAUUUAUAUUUCCCUGAGAAGUUCGAACAUGUAAGCAACGAGCAAUAUAACUUGUACAUAGAUGAAAGAUUCUGGCUAUUGCUGCUGCAAAGCUUGAAAGCAUCGGUACAACAAUAUCGCAAGCAAGCUUUAUAUCUUAUUAAAAAGACCAGUGAUUUUAUGAGUCUACACACCGAGAUGGAUAUGAAACAUCCAAAAGAGAAUACCAUUAUUCCGUUUCUGUGCACUCGGUCAAAGGAACCUGAAGUAUCUUCAGAGAACAUUAAGAAGUGUUUUUUUCUUAUUCUCGAGGCAUUAGAAGAAACCCAGGUACAUCUAGUGAAUCCCUCUUUAUCGGUAUUACCAGUUUUAAUUAAAGGACACUUAACACACAGAGACUGCGGAAACUGUUUCAGUGCCCAGUGGCUACAGUGCGUGUUCGAGAGAAUGAUUUUCCACAAAAAUAAUGCCAUCGUGAAGAAAGGUAUAAUCCAGGCACUUAAACUACCUGUAUCAGUUUAUGAUGAAAAAUUUCUAGAACUGCUUAUUAGAAGUAUGAAUAACACUUUUCUCUAUGAAUGUCAAAACGAUGAAGAGUCACCAGAAGUUGUAACUUGCUUCGUCGACUUGCUAACAAGAAUAGAGUGCAAUCAUGCAGCUGUGGCAGACAAAGUCAUCAUAAUUAUUUCACAAGUGUUAUGGGGACCCAUAGCGCUGUUCUAUGUGUCUGAAGCAUUAGAAGCUGCUUCUGUAAAUACUGUCACCGGCAAUUGGCAGCAAGAACAAUUACAAGCGGUUAAAACUCUGGCAGAAAUUAACCUUAACAUCCAUAAUCGACCACUGAGACAAGCAUCGCAGAUUAAGUUCCUUUCAACACUGACAAAAUUUGUGAAACCACCUAUGGAUCUGUGGCAGUUAACGAGUACUUUGAGUGCAUUUCCAGUUAACGAAGCUCUACAACGAAACUCGGAAGUCUGGAGACUAAUUACAACCUGGCUAGCAGAAAUAAUAUCGAAGUCCUGUGCCAUGGAUUUUGUUAAGGAAUCUUGUGAACAAAUACUUGGCAGGAUAUCAGUGCGAGAAACAAGUGUGUCAUCGAUCGCUCUCAUGAUAGCAUUUAUUGAAGAUGUAACUGAUUUGCAGCACUCCAAAGUAUCUCUCACUACAGAGCUGUAUAGAAAUUUAUUCAACUCUCUUGAUCGUGCCGACAGUAGACCUUAUGCCAGCAUCGAUACAAAUGUAAAUGUCAUAGAAUUUUUGCAAUCAUUGUUAAGAUUGAAAGAUUAUUGGCAUAAAUUCUCUCGUUUGGAAGAGUACCUUGUCGUGGCUUUAAAAUUUAUUGGCUACAGUAUCCGAAAGUCUACAAAUUCUGUAUCUUAUGAACAGAUGAAUAUAUGUGCAUCGGCAGUCAGUACGUUUUUCGACGAAAGAUGCACCGGUUUAACGGCAGAAUAUUUCAGAAACUACAUGGAAACGUUAGCAGAGGAGUCGAUAUAUGUUUUGGAAAACGCAAACAAUAGUACCGUAAUCCAGAGAUUGUUUGCCUUAAAAGUAUUGUACGAAUGUCGAAGAAGUGGCUCCACUAAAUCUGAGAAAUUCAAAUACCUGAAUAAUUUGCUUGAUUUACACAAGAAUGAAUUGCGUUUUGAAGGCGAAUACAGUGAAAUAGGUCUGCAAGGGAAGAUUGCAUCGGAGUAUUAUAAUUUUAUUGCGAAGCACAUACAUUUGCAUCUGGAGAAACUACCUCCAACAGAAUGGCUACCUCAUGUUUCUUGGUUACAAUGUGCAUUGAAUCUUCUUGACAUUGGUGGAAAUUCUAUUAUUGAAAUAGUGGCUGCGAUCCUGAAGCAGAUAAUUUUGAAAAACAUGCCUAAUGAUCCAUCAGAAUUAGUGACAGUGAUUACAAAAUGCUGGAAAUUUGCAUUCACUUUAAAAAAGUCAAAGCAGUUCCGAUUAGCUAUUGGAGAACUCAUUGGUUCAAUACUCCAUGAGAAUUUUUUGAACUUAAAGGAUACUAGACAACUCAUUGUGGAUUGUGUAAACCAGACUGUGCAAGAAGGCGAUGCCAUACCAAUAUUAAAGUUAUUAUUAUUGGAAAAAAUGGAAACAUUGGACAAGCAAUUCCCAAACUAUGUGGAUUCGCUCUCAAAAGCACUUUUGGCUUGCCUUUUGCAUGGACUCGUGCCACGCCGAGAUCAGAGGAUCGAGUUGCAAGCUUGUACCCAAGCCUGCAAAAUUACAGCGAUAAAACCUGUUCUGAACACCACUGUACGAGCAAGAGCUGUGAUAUUAUUGCAUAACAUAUUAUGCCAAAAUAGUGACUGCGGUUUAAAAAUCUUACCUUUAGUCAUCGAGAAACUGGAAGAAAGCACUGGAAAGAGGUACUACGGCGACUCUUACUUACACCGAAUAAAACAUCGACUAUUGCAAGUUUUACUGUUGAUUGAACCAAUGAUACAUAAGGCAGAGGAUACAACUUUUCUGCAUGACUACAUCUACGAUAAGUUAAGAUUAGAAACCAACCAGACCAGUGUUCGUAUAAUGCAAGAAUGGUUGCUUAUUCGAAUGUAUGUACAGCACGAACAUCUUCGCAACAAAAUCUGGGUACCCUUUAGCGAGAAUAUCACGAUACGGCCAGGAAGUGUCAGUUCUAUAUUCAGAAUAGCCUAUCAUGUCAGUCGAUUACUUAACAGCAAACAGGAGGAAUAUAUUCUUUCAGCGCUUUCUUACGUCGGACAGUAUUGUAUGGGCCAGCAUUUUAACACGCGACUCUACAGUCAAGUAAUAUUCGUGAGACUGUAUGAAUUGUUGAUUGGUCUGCAAGGCGCAGACUUUGCAUUGGAAUAUAAAGGUUUGCAUUCAGUCGUUUCAAAAAGUCUGCAUCGAGCAAAUUCAACAAAGGCUUUACUUGGAAUUCAAGAAGACUUCUUUCUGACCAUUUUUCACCCUUCAGAGCACUACAGUAUACAGACGAUUUAUUAUGACCUACCAAGGCUCUCAAACGUUUGUGCAGAUGAGUGUAUCACAGUGAAUGAGUUCGAGGCAUUGUCUUUCAAAGAAUUUCUAACAAGACAUCCUGUUACGCUUAAUAAUUCAAACGAGUCUUUGAGCAGGACCACAGUUUCUGCAUAUGAAGAUAAACAGAGGCUAAACGAUGUAAAUGCAUCGGGGGAUGACGUAGAGGAAUGCAGUGAAUAUUUGAACGAUAUACAGAAAAAAAUCAUUCCAUGGAAGUCUAUAAUACCAGUAAAAGAUGACUUAUCGGAUAUAUGUAAUACAUCUAUGCUGUGUCAACAGAAUGAAGAUGGAAUCAUAGUUGUAGCCUCACUAAUUGACCGGCCACAAAAUUUGGGUGGACUUGCCAGAACUUGUGAGAUAUUCGGUGCGAAACAAUUAGUUAUAGAGAGCCUCGAAUAUAUGAAGGACCAGCAAUUUCAAAGCCUCAGCGUGUCGGCUGAAAAAUGGUUAAUUACUAGUGAGGUCAAAGAAUACCAAUUGCAGGAGUAUUUGAUAGGAAAAAAAGAUACAGGCUAUGCAGUAGUUGGAGCGGAACAAACUGUUAAUAGUGUGGGACUUUCGAGCAUGAGGUUUAACAAAAAGACUGUUCUUUUGUUAGGGAACGAAAAAGAUGGCAUUCCCGCUAACCUGAUUCCGAUGCUAGAUGUUUGCAUUGAAAUACCUCAAGUAGGCAUUACUAGAUCAUUAAAUGUUCACGUAACAGGUGCCAUCUGCAUAUGGGAAUACUUCAAGCAGCAUGGUUUUAAUUAAUUUAACACUCAUAUGAUGUACAAAUUUAAAACAUUGCCUGUCAACAUCUUAAGCAUGUCAGUUGUAAUGCUCCCGGAAUAAAAAAUUGUAUGUACAUGUGUAA